AUGGAUGAGAAAAAAGGAGCAGAGGGAGGAGAAGAAAAAGCUACAAAAUCUACCGAGGAUAUGGAAUCCGUAGAUCUAACAGAGGAAGAUGUUAAUUUGAUAGAAGCUUUUCAUGAACUCAAACUUAGACCGGAACUUGGAGGUGCGGAGGAUUUGGUGAAAUUUUUGAAACGAUUUAAUAAACGGGAAGAUGAAAAGGAUGCAGAUAAAUUAAAACCGACGAAAGCACAUACAAAACCAUCAUCAAGUCUUGAAUUUCCAACACUUACAACAUCCAGUACAAAGAUAAAAACAGAAGAUGCUUCGGACUAUACAAGUUUGACUGGUACUUUACCAUCAACCACAGCAUCAGCUUCACCUAUAAGACUUACAGGAUCAUAUCACUUCCCAAAGUUAUCUAACUUCUAUGGAGAGGAAAACAAAGGAGAUGUAACAUAUGAAGCAUUCAAGUUUGAGGUACAGUCUUUACUGAGUGAAAAAGUUUUUACAGAGGCACAAGUAUUAUUAGGUAUGAGGAGAGCAUUGAGAGGUACAGCAAGCGACAUUGUUAGACGACUUGGUACAGGUGUUACAGUAGCGGAAAUUUUAAAGAAACUGGAUAGUACUUAUGGAAAUAUAGAGAGCCAGGAGACAGUUAUGAAAAAGUUCUAUUCAUGUACUCAAGGUACAGACAGCAUCAACACCUAUGCAGCGAAAUUGGAGGAAUUGUAUUCUCAAGCAAUUGAUUUAGGAGCUAUAAAUAGACGAGAAGAGUUAUUAAAGCAAGUGCUUUAUCAAGGUUUGAGAAUCGACUUGAAACACAUUGCCCAAUACAAGUUUGCAACAAUACCGGACUAUGACGCAUUUAAGAUAGAGUUACGGAAGAUGGAGGCAGAGAUGAAGACAGAUGUAAAAACCAAGACAUGUCACACAGCACAAAAGAUGGACAAAGAGGAAAAUACUGAAAUGAAGGAACUCAGAUCAAUGCUUCAGCAACUGAAUGAGAAAUUUGAUAACCUUCAGAAAGAAAAGGACAUGAAAGAAGAACAAAGAACAACAUAUGGAUUUGGAAGUAGACCUUACAGAAGAGGAUAUUUUAACAGAGGAAACUUCACAGGAAGAGGUAGAGGUAGGUAUAUACCAUCAAGACCACUCGCAUCAACAACAUUCCAAGGAACAUGUUAUCGUUGUAAUCGAAGAGGUCAUCUAGCUAGAAAUUGCAGAACCGACUUGAAAGAUUUAGAUAAACAAGACAAGCCACUCACAGAGAUUAUUCAUAUUGAAUGUGCUGACGGAUCAACACUUCCAUAUUUAGGAUACAUUCAAGCAGAUAUCAGUAUACCGAAUGGAAUUCCAGAGUCCAAGAAUCACACUUGUUUAUUUUUGAUUGUACCGGAUACUAAUUAUUCAGCUAGAACACCAGUCAUUUUAGGAACCAACAUUUUAGACAUACUUCUAAAGGAAUGUAAGGACAAUUUUGGAGACCAAUUUUUACAGAGAAGCAAACUUUAUAUACCAUGGUAUUUGUGUUUCAGAACCAUUGAGCUUAGAAAGAGAAAACUGCAACACAAUAAAAACAGAAUCGCCAUUGUAAGAAGUGCCGCACCCUAUAAAGUAUUGAUAAGGCCAAAUGAGACCAUCACCAUUGAUGUUUAUACUGAUAAAGAGAUAUAUCAUCCCGUGACAAAUGCCAUUUUUCAGGAAACUGAGGAUGCUUCUAUACCAGAAUUCAUAGAUGUCACACCAGCAUUAGUCAAGUAUGAAUAUGGGAAUAACCAUUGUAUGAAGAUAACCUUAUCGAAUCUUACAACCAACACGGCUACAAUUUCACCUAAAGAGAUGAUUUGCGAAUUACAACCAGUUAACAUCACAGAUGAAGCAUUACACAAAUUGGAAGGUGAAGAGUUAGACAGAGCAAGAGCCAGAAUAGUAUUAGAAUUGAAUCUGGACAACAACUCGUUGACAGAGGAACAAAGAACAAGACUACAACAACUUUUAAUGAAACAUAGGGAUAUAUUUUCAACUUCCGACAUAGACAUAGGACAGUGUAACAGGGUUAAACAUAGAAUUGAUCUAUUAGACUCUACACCAUUCAAGCAACGACAUAGAAGGAUUCCACCAUCAAUGAUAAAUGAAGUAAGACAACAUCUAGAACAACUAUUGGCGUGUGACGAUUUAAUCAUCUUCAGCGACUCUUAUGAACAACAUCUUGAAAGAUUGGAUAUUAUACUCACCCGCCUGAAGUCAUGUAACCUGAAACUAGCUUCCGAAAAAUGUGAAUUCUUCAAACAACGAGUCAAAUUUCUAGGUCAUGUCGUGAGCAGUGAAGGCAUAGAAACAGAUCCAGACAAAAUCCAGAAAGUACGUGAUUGGCCAACACCGAACAAUUCAGAUGAGCUACAUUCUUUCCUUUCAUUUGCCAGCUAUUACAGAAGAUUCAUUGAAGGAUUCAGCAAAAUCACCAGACCACUAGCAGAACUUAUACCCCACAACACUUCAAAGAGAGGAUGCAAGAAAAAGGCAACUAAACCAUGGAAUUGGACAAAGAGAGAGCAAGACAUAUUUGAAGAGCUCAAGAUAACCUUAUCAUCCCCACCUAUAUUGGCAUAUCCGGAUUUCUCCAAACCCUUUGAGCUACAUACGGAUGCCUCGACAAUAGGACUUGGCGCGAUACUAUACCAACAACAAGGAGAACAUAAAAGAGUUAUUUCAUAUGCUUCAAGAUCACUUUCGAAAUCGGAAAAGAAUUACUCAGCUUAUAAACUAGAAUUUUUGGCAUUAAAAUGGGCAGUAACUGAGAAAUUUAAAGAUUAUUUGACUGGAAAUCAUUUCACCAUAUAUACAGACAACAAUCCUUUGACUUAUGUGCUGACUUCAGCUAAAUUGGAUGCAACCGGUCAAAGAUGGGCAGCAGCGCUUGGAGAAUUUGACUUCGAGAUACACUAUCGACCUGGAAUGAAAAAUACAGAUGCUGACGCCAUGAGCAGAUAUCCUACCGAUACAACCAUUCAAGAUCAGGAAGAAAGAACAACCAUAGAUAACAGCAUGGUGAGAGCAAUAUGUGGUGUAGUAAGUAUUCCAUAUGCAGAGACUCAAACAAUGAAUGUCAACAUCAUAGAUGCAACAGAAGACCCCAGUCAACCAAUGGCCCAGAUUGAGAUGAGAGAGAUAAGAAAGAAGCAAAGAGAAGAUCCUUUACUAGACAGAUGGAGGAUAGCAGUGAUAGAUAAGACCAUUCCAGAUAAAUGUUUUGAUAAGAAAGACCAGAUUAUGAAGAAGAAUUUUAACCACUUAAAGAUCAAAAGAGGAAUCCUAUUUAGAGAAACAACUGAAGAUGACAACAAGAAAGAGCAACUAUGCAUACCAGAUGUUUAUAAAGAAGAAAUUUUACACGGAUUACAUACAGAUGUAGGACAUCCAGGAAAAGAAAGAACCAGAAGAUUGGUCCAAGAAAGAUUUUACUGGCCUGGAAUGACAACAGAUAUUGAUAAUUUUGUUUCAAAAUGUGACAGAUGCCUGAGAAGAAAGAGUCAAACCAACACAAGAGCUCCACUUGUUAAUGUUCAUACAACCUAUCCACUGGAAUUAGUUUGCUUUGACUAUCUGACACUGGAAUCAUCAAAAGGAGGAUAUGGAAACAUACUUGUCAUAACGGAUCAUUUUACUAAAUUCGCAUUAGCUAUUCCAACUAAGAAUCAGACUGCCAAAACUACUGCCGAAACUUUCUACAAUCACUUCAUCAUUCAUUACGGAAUUCCAACAAGACUACAUUCAGAUCAAGGAGCUAACUUUGAAUCUCAACUUAUCAAAGAACUUUGUGAAAUCACCAACAUUAAGAAAUCUCAUACUUCAAUUUACCACCCGCAAGGUAAUUCCGGACCAGAGCGAUUCAAUAGAACGCUUUUGGAUAUGCUAGGGACUCUCGAAAACUCACAGAAAAGCGAUUGGAAGAAGUACAUCAACUCACUAGUAUUUGCAUACAACUGUACUCCACAUGAGACAACCAAAGUAUCACCAUAUGAGCUUAUGUUCGGCAGGAAACCAAAACUUCCCAUUGAUAUAACUUUUGAACAAGCCAAAGAAGAUACAAUAAUCAAGAAAACAACUCAGGAAUAUAUAGAAGAUUUAAAAGAAAGAAUGAAUAGAAGUAAGGAGAUUGUACAGAAACACAUGGAUUUGGCAAAAGCGAAACAGAAGAAAUACUAUGAUAGGAAAGUUAGAGGUGCAAAGAUUGAGAUAGGAGAUUUUGUUUUAGUGAAGAUUUUGGCUCAUAAAGAAGGAAAACACAAGUUAGCUGACAAGUUCGAAGAAGACAUUUAUAAAGUCAUUGAUCAACCAAGAAAAGACAUUCCAGUGUAUUUAGUCAAAUCAAACAACGGCAAAGAACGCACACUACACAGAAAUCAUCUAUUCCUAGUUGAAUACCAAGAAGAAGCAAAUGAGAACAUAGAAGAGGUGAAUGAGACAGAAAACAGAGAAUCUGCAGAGGAGAAAGAUAGAGAUAAAGGGGAUGCAUCCGGAAAGAAAACAUGUGACGUCACAGACUCAGAAGAUUCAGAUGAUGAAAUUGAUGAUAUAUUUGUUUCACAAACAAAAAUAGAUGGGGACGCCUAUCAGUCAAGAUGUAAUCAUACUGAAAGUGAGAAAGAAUCUGAAGUAGAUACAGAAGUACCUUUCAUUGAUAUAAAUGUUGAAGAUACAAGCAUAAUCAAAGACAGCGUACAAGUAAUAGAAGAACCUGCAGUAGUUACUGAACCAAACGAUUCUAAAGAAGCAGAAUCACUGGUUGAAGAAGAGAAAAUAGAGGAGGAGAGAGAUGUUCAAACUGACCAUCUAGAACAACUUCACCUAAUAGAAGAAGAUUCAGAUAUAACCUGUAGUGUAGAGACAGAAGAUGAAACCAACAUUCAAGAACGUUUAACUGAAAGUAGGACAGAUGAAACUAUGACAGAAGAAGAUACAAGUAGAGAAGAUAGAACAUUACAAGACAUAGACAGAGAGACAGUAAAGAAGCAGGAGACAGAAGGAAUUGGAGUGAAGAAACGAAAGCGACAGUUACCACCAGAACCGACUAGAAAAUCAGAGAGAACGAAGAGAGUACCAGACAAAUACAAAGACUAUCAUAUGCAUAGCAUUAUUAACACUAGACCACAGUAUGAUCACAGAUUACAAGCAUUGGAAUCUAUGAUUGCUUCAGGUGUGUUGAAGAAUAUAGAAAUAGACACUGCAAGGAAAAUUGUUGAUGCUAUAAUGAAAUAAAUGCUAUAUUGAAUUGAUAUUGAAUUGAAAAUUGUACUUUACUGUACCAAUAAAUACAAAUUUGAGAUAAUUAAAUGUGUUUUAAUAUGUUUUUAAUAUUGAUUUAUUGCGAGGACGCAUAUGUUCCAAAGAAGGGGCGAGAAGAGAGAAGUUGAGCAUAUUUUUUGCAGGAAAUAUGAUUAUUGAUCAUAAUUCGCGACAUGACGCAUAUGUUUUUUUCGCAAUAAGUAUGAUUAUUUUGUUGCUUUGAAAUUGUUUUUUCGCGACGUUAUAUGCUAGCACGUUGAUCGCGAUAUUUGCGAGAGAAAGUUAUGUCGUUUUGAGACACUAUGCAAACAUACUGAUUUUAUAUGCUUUAAAUUAAAACCAUUUUUUUGUAUUGAAAUGUAUAUUGUUUAAAAAUACAGCAUUGUAUUUUUGAUGCUGUUACAAUGAUAUGAUGUAUAGUUAUUUUAUGGAAAGACAAACAUUUUGUUCUUAAUUGUAGGAUAACCUUUAUAAAGGGGAAUGUUUGCUUCCAUGAAAUGUUGCUAAAUAUAUUUUAACUGACAGACUAUUUGACAUUACUAUUUGACAUGACAAUGACAUUUGACAUGACAAUGACGGGACGUCAUUUUCUCAAAGCAGGGAAGUGUGUAACCAAAGGGAAAUAAUCAGUUGUAGUUUAUUGAUUGAAAUCUGUAGGAGUGAUUUCCCUUGGCUGUUUUAUUAGUUAAUCAUGCGUGUAAUUGUUCCCGCCGUUUUCUGAGUUGUCAUCAGUUUUUGGUAGAAGGCAGACAUGUUUUUCAGUUGUUUAAAAUAAUAAUUUGGUUAUUAAUUCUUAAAUAGGAUUUUGGAUUUUGGAUUGAGUAUGUUGCAGUAACAUCACAAGAUUGAGAGGAUUUUUGUAUGAGUGUCAUUGAGUCCAAUCCACAAUUGGGCUUGAUCUACUUAUUGAUCUACUUAUUGAUCUACAUAUUAAUCUUCAUAUUGAUCUUCAUAUUGAUAUCUACAUUUGAUACUGAUUAUAUAUUGAUUGGUGCUUAAACAAGUGCUUGAUGUGAAGAUGUGAUGUAACUUUAACCUCUUGGGUUAAAUCUACUGGAAGCUUUAUAUUAAUAUAGUAAUAUACUGAGAUCAUACAAUGAAUGGACAUUUCAAUUAAAAGUAUUGAACGAACUCAGCCUCGUUGAUAUUUAUUCCUUUACAUCUUUAAGGGCAUAAUUUUAACAAAGG